AUGAGCUAUUACGGCAGCUACUACGGAGGCCUGGGCUACGCCUGCGGAGGCUUCGGAGGCCUGGGCUGUGGCUAUGGCUGCGGAUGCAGUGGAUUCGGCAGGCUGGGCUGGGGCUCUGGCUGUGGAGGCUACGGCUAUGGCUCUGGAUUUGGGGGCUACGGCUAUGGCUGCUGCCGUCCUUCAUGCUAUGGUGGUUAUGGAUAUUCCAGCUACGGCUGGGGCUCUGGCUACGGCUCUGGCUUUGGAGGCUACGGGUAUGGAUGCUAUCGUCCAUGCUGUGGAAGAUACCGAUUCUCCAGCUUCUAUUAA